UUGAUAAUGGCAUCAGCUACAACGUUCACCAAGUUUGCUCACUUACAAUUCCCACUUGCAGAUGUAUUAAAGGCCACCAACAACUUUCAUCCUGAUAACAUCAUCGGACGAGGUGGACUGGGACCAGCAUACAAAGGACAACUCCGACGGGCCGGGAAGUUGGUGAAGAUUUCCGCUCUGAGGUUAGAUCGUAAGCACGGAGGAAGGGACGUCGAAUUCUGGACGGAAAUUUCAGCACUUUCUGAUCUCGACCAUCCAAAUAUCGUUUCUAUUAUUGGAUUUUGCGACGAGAAAAAUGAGAAGGUCAUCAUCACCUCAUAUGCAGCCAAAGGAAGUCUCAAGGGGCAUCUAGACAGCCCGAAGCUCACAUGGACGCAAAGACUGAAGAUAUGUGUAGGCGUGGCUCGUGCUCUGAGUUACCUCCAUUAUGAUGAGAGACGUGGUUAUGGUGUUAUACAUCUUAACGUCAACAGCUCCACAAUUUUAUUAGAUGAGAAUUUGGAAGCCAGGUUAUCUGGUUUUAAAGUUUCCAUCAAACAAUCUCUAAACCGAAUGGACCACGUCGUCCUUUCCGACCCUAUUGGCACAAUAGGGUAUUUGGACCCAGCAAUAGAAACGACCAAAGGUGUGACCCACAAAUCAGACAUCUACUCAUUCGGUGUGGUGUUAUUUGAAAUAUUGUGCGGGAGGAAAGCGUUUAUUCGUGACGAGGCUAAUAGGUUUCUAGCUCCGUUGGCAAAAUCUCAUUAUGAAAACGAAACAUUGCAGGAUAUAAUCCUUCCUGCUCUAUUGGAUCAAAUGUCCCCGCAAUCCCUCAGAAGAUACUCAAAAACAUCGUAUUUUUGCUUAAAGGAAGAGCGUGCACACCGCCCACAUAUGCUCCAUAUUGUUGAUGAACUUGAGAAAGCAUUAAACUUUCAGCCUGGACUUGAAGAUUUUCUGGGUAAAGACCAAGUUGUCGGCGAGCUUGAGAAUGCAGCACACGAAAUUCCUGAGGAGGGAGUAGAACGCUCGUAUAUGGAUGAAUUUGCAUAUAAACAUAAGAAUGCAAUGCAACCUCAAAGCAUGCAUGAAAUUAUUAAAAACAAGGCAAACCUAAGAAUUUCAUUUGAAGACGUAAAUCAGGCCACCCAAAACUUCCAUAGAAAUAAUUGCAUUGGGGGCGGGGGUUUUGGGAAAGUCUACAAAGGAAACCUUAAAGAUGGUGAUGGUUUUAAAACCAUUGUUGCAAAGCGAUUGGAUACGAAGCUUGGUCAAGGCGAACAACAAUUUUUGAGUGAGCUCCAAAUUCUUUUGGAGUAUAAGCAUGAGAAUGUCAUUGGCCUUAUAGGCUAUUGUGAUGAAAAUAAUGAAAAAAUCAUUGUUUUUGAGUAUGCACCCAAAGGAAGUCUUGAUAGGUAUUUGAGUGAUGUUUCUCUUACAUGGGUGGAAAGGCUUAACAUAUGCAUUGAUGUUGCAAGUGCGUUGUAUUUCUUUCAUGGAGGAGUUGGAAAACAAGCGAGGGUGAUACAUAGGGACAUCAAAUCUGCUAACAUUUUACUAAAUGACGGCUGGAAAGCGAAACUUGCUGAUUUUGGGCUUUCUUUGAUAAGCCCAUUAACUCAUGAAAUCGACUAUAUCAUUGAUCAUGCUUGUGGCACAGAGGGAUACUUGGACCCACUUUACAGAGAAAAAGGAUUCUUAACUCUAGAAUUGUAAGGUCCGCGUUUCGUUACUGUUAGAUUACUUACAAAAGAAUAAUUUUUCGGACAUUAAAAUACCAACUUUAUCACAUACUAAAAAUUUUUACAAAAUUUGGGCAUGACCCGUUUGUAAUACGGACAU